AUGAAGUAAAUAUUAAUUAUCACUAACCUCAUCAUCAUAUAUUGUUAAUAAAUAAAAAUAGGAGAGAAGUGUCAAUGUGCUCAAUUAUUAAUUUAAAACGAUUGCCAAAAGAUUCCAUAAUGCUACUGGGAUAAUUAAUUAUUAUAAUGUAAAACAUCAAUAGAUGUUUACUCCUAGAAAUAUUUACUUGAGAAUAUUAAUGAAAUAAAAGAGAACAAAGCAUUUUCCUUUUUUUGUAAUCAAAUGACUCAAGAAUAAUGUAGAAAAGAGACUUCAUGCAUAUUUUUUAAAGAAUAAUGCAGUCAUUUUACUGGAUGCACAGCAUAUUUGAGAGAAACUCACGAAGAUUGUUAGAGACUAUCAAGUUUAUGUAUAUCAGAUUCUGAAAUGUGUGUUAAUAUUGACAAUUGUACUACAUAUAAAAAUUCAUAUUCAUGUUAUUUUGAUAAAUAAGGGAAGUUUUGUAAUUGGAAUAAAGAAAAACGUCUUUGUGAAAACGUUCAAUAAUGUGAUCAAUUACCAUUGAAAUUAAAAUCACAUUAAGAAUGCUAAAAUCAAUUAGAUAAAUGUAUAAUUUUAGAAUAUUUAUAAUAGGUACUACGAAAAAAGGAGGUGGAUGCAUAGAAUUAACUUAUUAAUGCAAUGAUUUAAAGGAGGAAGAGUCAUGUUAUAUAAACAGUGGUAAAAAUAAGGAUUGUUUUUGGAAUGAUAAUUAGUGUUUAGAAAGAACUUGCGAUAAUGCAUCUAUAACUUUAAGGAGUGAUGAAGAAUGUAAGUAAUUCUUAUAAGAAUGUACAACAAAGAAAGGAGGAGGUUGUGUUUAAAGAUCUAAUUGUUAGGAUGCAUAAGUGUAGGAGGCAUGUGUGGUUAAUUAAUAUGGCGAAGGAUGUUUUUGGGAUGGAGUAAAAUGUAUGAAUAUACUAUGUGAAAAUGCACCUUCAUCAUACACAACUUAUGAAUAGUGUUAAAGUAUACAUAAAAUAUGUAUUACUAAUGGUAAUGGGUGUAUAUCUAAUUAUGGUUGUGAAUUUGCAACUACUGAAUAAUAUUGUUAUAAAGAUGGUGAAGACAAUGAGUGUAUAUGGAGAAAUAAUCAUUGCACUAGAAAAUAAUGUUAACAUGCUGGAGAUAAUUAUUUUGGAUAUGAAUAAUGUUAAUAGUUUAUGUUUUAAUGUACUGGAAAUAAUGAUAAAAGUGGAUGUGUUGAGAAGAGUUGUUAGAAUGCUCCAAUAUAAUUCAGUACAAAUUAGGAAUGUGAAUCUUAUUUACCAAAUAAUUAAUGUAUUACUAAAAAAGGAGGAGGAUGUAGAAAGAAUGUAAUAUGUGUUUAUAUUGAUACUGAAGAAGCUUGUAAGAUUGAUACUUUAGGCAGUACUUGUUUUUGGAAUUAUUAAGAAAAUAAAUGUUAAAAGAUAACAACAUGUUCAAGUAUUUUGAAUUAGAAAGAUUGCAUUAAAGAUAAUAAUAAUCAACUAUGUGAUUGGAUAUAAUCUAAUAAAUGUGUUUAAAAGACUUGUGAUACAGCUCCUUUAUAACUAUUAACUGAAAAAUAAUGUUAAGAAUAUUUUAAUGAUGUGAAUGGAACAAUAUGUACAUCUAAAUUAAAUGGAGGAUGCAAAAUGAAAAGUAGUUGUCAAAAUUAAUAAACAUAAGAAUCUUGUAAUAUGGAUAUCAAAGGAAAUUAAUGUUUUUGGAAUGAUACACUUAAAUAAUGUAAGUUAAAAGAAUGCAAUGAUAUACAUAGUAAUUCAUUUUAAGAAUGUUAUUCAUUUAAUAAUAAUUGUACAAUAGGAUUGAAUGGUUAUUGUGUAUAAUUGAGAAUGUGUAAUUAAAUUAAUAGUAAAUAUGAAUGUAUUUUUGGAUAAGAUGGACCAUGUUUAUGGAUUGAUAAUUAUACUAGUAAUGGAGGUAAAUGUUUUCAAUACAAUUCUUGUUAAAGUAUGAAAUGGAAAACAGAUAGAGAAUGUAAAUUAAUAUCUAAUUAUUGUACUACUAAUGGUUAUGAAUGUGUUCCUAUAACUAGAUGUUAAGAGACAAAUAUUAAUGGUGGAUGUGUUACAGGUAUUGAAGGAAUGUGUAUUUAAUCUGUUACUGCUUUAGGAAUAUUAGAAUAACCAAAAUGUUAAAUAUUCUUACAUUGUAGUUAAGCAUUUUAUUUAACUCAUUUAGAAUGUUAAAAAGCAAAUCCAUAAUGUACAACAAAUGGUAUUACAGGUUGUAGAUCAUUAACUUCUUGUGAUUAUUAUAUUGAAGAAGCUUGUCAUUUUAAUAAUGUUGGUAUUGAAAGAAAUGAGAGAAAUUAAGUUAUUUCAACAGGUAAUUGUGUAUGGGAUGGUCAAUAUAAUAUAUGUAGAAAUGAAGAUUGUAAAGAUAUGAAAUUUAAUACAAAAGAUGAAUGUUAAAAUGCAUUAUAAUCUUGUACUUCUGAUGGAUAAAAAUGUAUAAGUAAAAUGAUGUGUGCUGAUUAUCAUAAUAAAGAUUUAUGCAAUUAUGCUUUAGGAAUGGAAGGUUCUUGUAUUUGGAAAUAAUAACAUUGUUAAUAGAAAACAUGUUCAGAUAUAAUUUCAUAAUGUGAAGAAGUUGAUAAUUGUAUUUCAGAUGGUAUUAAGUGUAUUCCUAAAAGAAAUUGUUCUGAAUAUAAAAAUUAAGUUUCAUGCAAUUCUAUUGGAUUAGAUGGUCUAUGUUAUUGGGAUUCUACUAUUAAUUAAUGUCAUUUAAUGAAUGGAUGUAGUUCUGCCAAUUAUGAUUAAAUUGCAUGUUAAUAAGCAAAUGAUAGAUGUUACUGGUAACCUUAAAAUUAAAAUCAACCAAGUUAAUGUAAAGAACAUACUUGUUCUUCAUAUGAAAAUUAAAGUGGAGAAUGUUCACAUUAUCUAACAUGGGAUUGGUAAUCUUAUAACAUUUGUAGAUUUGUUUCAUUUUAAUGCAUGAAUUUUGAUGUCAAAUCUUUAACUGAACAUACAUGUUUAUUGUAUUCUUUGGAACUCUACAAAUGGAAUCCUAUAAGUUCUGCCUGUACUGAAUGUGAUACUGGUGAAACUAAUUAGGAUGCUAAUAGAUCACCUAUACCAUAAGGAUAAGGUAUUGCAGAAAUUUUGAUUUCCAAAAUUUUAAGUGCAAUAGUCAUAAUAAUAUAAAUGAUUGUCUGA